AUGGCUGAUGGCAGCGGUGUGGACAAUGAUCUCUCCAUACAGUUCCAACUGUUGUCGGCGGCCAUGGAGGCCCGCAUGCGGCAGCUGAACCAGCAGGAGGAACAGAUCAGGCAGGCGGAGGCCGCCCUGUCCGCCGCCUCGCAGCGCAUGGCGUCCUUGUCCGCCCGUAUGCAGUCCGACCUCAUCCCCCUCAACGUGGGCGGCACCCAGCUGGCCACCAGCCGCCGCACCCUGACACUGGUACCCGACUCGCUGCUGGGAACCAUGUUCAGCGGGUCAUGGGAUGACCACCUGCAGCGUGACGACGCUGGUCGUGUGUUCCUGGACUACGACCCCUCCAUCUUCUCUCUGUUGCUCAACUGGCUCCGCUCUCAGGACAUGGGCGGCCCGGAGGUGCCGCUGUGGGAGCUGGCAGUGGAGCCCGCCAGGGAAGAGCAGUUGCUGGUCCUGAUUGACUUUCUUCAGCUGCAACGCUAUGUGCCGUGCAGGUUCACCGAGUCCUUCAGCCCCUCCCUGAGCUCCCCCUUCCUGACGCUGUCCUCCUCCUCUGCAUGGCGCACCUCCGCGGGCUGCCAGGGGGCUUAUGCCAUGGCCGCCACGUCACACUGCUACUUUGAUGUAGACGUGGACCUGAGCCUGGAGAUCAUCCGAUUUGGGGCGGUGACAAGGCCUGAGCCCCUCCCCAGUCGCCGCUCCAGUGACAGCGGCGGCUCCGAGCUGCCCAACUACCCCAUGUUCAUAGGGGUGAUGGCCCGGGGGCAGCUGGCGGCAGUAGACCAGAGCCGGAAGAAGAGCAAUGCAAGCUGGCAGAGCUCCUGUCACGGCUGGUAUACCCGGCGCAAGGAGGGGUGUGAGGUGCGGGCGGGGAAGAACAGGCGGCUGCAGAGCACGCAUUUCUGGGCCGAGGGCGACUUCCUCGUUCUGUCCCUAGACGCCGCCAAACACCCUGGCCGGACCGGCGCAGUAGCAAGCACCGGACCAACCGCCAGCGGGCGCAGCGGCCAGAGCACCUCCGGCGAUGGCAGCUGCGCGAACGGCAGGGCCGCCGCUGAUGCUGGUCCUGGUGCGGUUGCCGCGCACUCCGGUCCCGUCGUAACGUUGUCCCUGACUAACACCCGGACCAGAGCCCAGCUGCAGUUGGACAUCCCGCCGACGUGCUUGGGAGGGUUUGAGGAGCAAUGGGUUGUGGUUGUGGGGCUGUCGGGGCGGGGCGACGAGGUCCGCGUCAACUCGGCCCGCCGCAAGGGCAUGAAGCCGCAUAUGGAGGCGGUCACCGCUGCAAGACCGCCCGAUGGCGCCUCCGCUGCACCAACCAGUGUUGGGGCAGGUGUGGGUGCCGGUAUUGCCGGUGGGGCAGGGGACCUGGAAAGCGGUCAGCGUGUAUGCAUUCUGGUCCAGGUGCAACUGCAGCAACAGCUGCCUCCCUGCAAGCCCCUGAGUUGA